GAGCUAGGAUAACCCUUGAGAACCACUAGAUGUGGUCCCGAAAGGAAAAAAAAAAAUGUUGCUAGUCUCUAUUUUUACAAAUGACUCCAAAAAUGACAGAGUGGUAUAGGUAGGAUUCAAGUUGAGACCAGAAACCUUGUUCUUCGUGAAAAACCAGCUCGGACCCUUAGUCCCCAGUCUCAAGCGCAAUUUCUAGAAUCUCCUACUAGCCUUCCAGUUAGUCUCUUCCUAGUCCGGCGCUCUUUGCAGAAGUUCGUCGGAGGCGCCGGCAGAUGGCGCUGGGGAGCCCCGGAGGGCCGCUCUGCCCCGUGCGUGCGCGUCGGUGGUGCCAGGCAGCCGGUGCUGCCGCCGCACUUCCGGGCGCCGGUCAAGGUGAGCCAGGGUUCCAAGACCCCCCUCGGCUUUCAGUCCGGACCCUCCCUCCCUGCUCAGCGUAGCUAGGGUGCCCAGUACCGGGGUCAGGGUGCCCGCGCGGAGGCCGGGGAGGAGCCGAAGGAAGCAGAGCCGCCUGGACGCCUGGGUUCUGCGCAGUCCACCCGGCUCGAGAGCGGCGAGGGGGAGACCGCGGCCCGGGGCUCCUGGCCAGCUGGACCGUCCGGAAGCCGUGCGUGACUCCUCCCCUUCGUGUUCUCGGCCCCCGCCAGGCGGCGCCGUCACCCGCGCGGCGUUCGCGUGUGGCCGUCCCCGGGGUCUUAAGCUCCGGCGUGGAGACCGGCUGGAGCUUGGAGCACCGUCAGUCCCCCUAGCGGGCUCUGCUUUUCAGCACCACGACAAGGGCAGAACCUACAGGGGUGUUCUGCUCCACCCGCCGAAGAUCAGCCCCUUGCGAGUCCUGGGAAUCUGCAUUUGUUUUUUUGGUUUUAGUUUUGUUUCUCCCCCCACCUCCAGCCGUGUGCCCAGGGGUCAUAUCCAGCGGUGCUCAGGGGACCACAUGUGGUGCUGGAGAUCAAACAGGGUCCAACUAAGGCACACGCCUUAACCCAUACUCUCCAGCCCUUGGGAAUCAGCAGAUUUUUUUUUCUUUUUUUUUGAGGAAGGGGGUGCUCAGGGGCUUACACCUGGUUUUGUGCUCAGUGGUCAUUCCUGGCCUGACUGUGGACCUUAUGAGGUGCCGGUGAUUGAACAAGGGUGAGCCUCAUGCCAGGAAAGCACCUUAACCACUGUACUGUUGCUUCAGCCCACGAAAUCAGCAUCUUAAACAUCACUCUGAGUUAAAGACCAUAGUCCAGAAACAUUGGCUUAAGUGGAGAGGAAAUUGAUACGGGGUUGAUUCCGGUACUGUUUGUCUCCAGAAAGGUGUCCAGGAGGAUAUGAUUCUAGUUGGUCGUUCUUGAGGAACCAAAAUAUCUGCUGGGUCCUGACUCCAUUGUGAUGACUUCCCUCCCUCCAUCCACCCCCCAACUAUCAGGAUGCAGAAGAUACCAGUGCUGCUCUUCCUGACCUGGGUCAGCUUCAUCUUCUACGCUGGCAUUGCCCUCUUCACCAGUGGCUUCCUGCUCACCCGUUUGGAGCUCACCAACCAUAGUAGCUGCCAGGAGCCCCCAGGCCCUGGAUCCCCACCAUGGGGAAGCCGUGGGGGGCCUGGGGGCUGCUGGAUGGCUUCCCGGUUUGCCCGAGUCAUUUUAGUUCUGAUUGAUGCUCUCCGAUUUGACUUUGCCCAGCCCCAGCACUCACGGGUUCCUGGGGUACCUCCUGUCUCCCUGCCCUUCCUGGGCAAGCUGGGUACCUUGCAGAGGAUGCUGGAGACUCAGCCUCACCAUGCCAGGCUUUACCAGUCUAAGGCUGACCCCCCUACAACCACCAUGCAGCGCCUUAAAGCCCUUACCACUGGAUCACUGCCUACCUUUGUCGAUGCUGGGAAUAACUUUGCCAGCUAUGCUAUAGUGGAAGACAAUCUCAUCAAGCAGUUCUCCAAUGCAGGAAGGCGUGUGGUCUUCAUGGGAGACGAUACUUGGAAAGAUCUCUUUCCCGGAGCUUUCUCCCAGGCUUUCUUCUUCCCGUCCUUCAAUGUCAGAGACCUGCACACGGUGGACAACGGCAUCCUGGAACACCUCUACCCAACCGUGGACAGUGGUGAAUGGGAUGUGCUGAUUGCUCACUUCCUUGGUGUGGACCACUGUGGCCACAAGCUUGGCCCUCAUCACCCUGAAAUGGCCAAGAAACUUAGCCAGAUGGACCAGGUGAUCCAGGGACUUGUGGAGCGCCUGCAGAAUGAUACACUGCUGGUAGUGAUUGGGGACCAUGGGAUGACCAUGAGUGGGGACCAUGGAGGGGACAGCGAGCUGGAGGUCUCGGCUGCACUUUUCCUGUACAGUCCCACAGCCCUCUUCCCCAGUGCCCCGCCAGAGGAACCAGAGGUAGUUCCUCAAAUCAACCUAGUGCCCACACUCGCCCUGCUGCUGGGUCUGCCCAUUCCAUUUGGGAACAUCGGGGAGGUGAUAGUUGACCUGUUCUCGGAGGCCACAGACUCCCAGCCGCUCUCCUCUGCUUUGGCCCAGGCCUCUGCCCUCCAUCUCAAUGCCCAGCAGGUGUCCCGAUUUCUUCGCACCUACUCAGCUGCUGCUCAGGACUUCCCGGUGCAGGAGCUGCAUCGUCUGCAGAACCUUUUCUCCAAGGCCUCCGCCAACUUCCAGCAGCUGCUGCAGAGCCCGCAGGGUGCCGAGGCAGCCCUGCAGACUGUGACGACAGAGCUGCAGCAGUACCUGCGGGGAGUGCGAGCCCUGUGCAUUGAGUCCUGGGCUCGCUUCUCUCUGGUCCGCAUGGCAGGGGGUGCUGCUGUCUUGGCUGCUGCCUGCUUCCUCUGCCUGAUGGUUUCCCAGUGGGCCACAGCCCAGAGCUUCCGUUUCUCCCCUCUUCUGAUAGCCAUGGCCUGGGGCCUGGCUGGGGCCUUGGUGUGUGCUGGACUAUUGGUAACUGCUGGUCUCAGGCUGGAUCCUGUGGUUCUUGGAGCCCUGGCCGCCGCGGGCUCACUCAUACCUUUCCUGUGGAGAGCCUGGGCGGGCCGGGGGGCCAAGAGACCCCUCGCCGCCUCACUGCCCAUCCCGGGACCUGUCCUGUCCCUCCUGCUCAUUCGCUUCGCGUCCUUCUUCUCUGAUAGCUUUGUGGUAGCCGAGGCCGGGGCUACCCGCUUCCUCUUGAUCUCCCUCGUUUUGCUCCUGGUGGCCCGGCUUCACUGGGAAGGCAAACUGCUGCCCCCUAAGCUCCUCACAGCACCCCGCUUGGGCUCCAUGGGCCCCCCAGCGCCCCCUCGGCGCCAUGCCGUCCAGGCCCUGGGGCUGGGCGCUGGGUUGCUCUUGUGUAUCAGGCUGGCAGGGCUCUUUCAUCGCUGCCCUGAGGAGACGCCUGUCUGCCACUCUUCCCCCUGGCUGAGUCCCCUGGCCUCCAUGGUGGGGGGUCGAGCCAAGAAUCUGUGGUACAUAGCCUGCGUGGGGGCCCUGGUGAGCCUGCUCAUGGCUGUGCGCCUGUGGCUUCGCCGCUACGGGAACCUCAAGAGCCCAGAGCCGCCGGUGCUCUUCGUGCGCUGGGGGCUGCCCCUCAUGGCCCUGGGCAUGGCCGCCUACUGGGCCCUGGCAUCAGGAGCCGAGGAAGCACCCCCGCGGCUCCGGGCCCUGGUGGCCGGGGCGUCCAUUGUGCUGCCGAGGGUUGUGGUGGGGCUGGCCGCAGCGGGGCUCCUGCUGCUGCUCUGGAGACCUGUGACAGUGCUGGUGAAGGCGGUGUCUGGUGCACCAAGAACCAGGACUAUCCUCACUCCCUUCUCAGGCCCCCCCGCUUCCCAGGCUGACCUGGACUAUGUGGUGCCACAGAUCUACCGACACAUGCAGGAGGAGUUCCGGGGCCGCCUGGAGCAGGCCAGGCCUUCAGGCCCACUGACCCUGGCUGCCUGUCAGCUGGGGAGCGUCUACUCAGCCGCUCUGGUCACCGCCCUCACGCUCCUGGCCUUCCCGCUCCUGCUGUUGCAUGCAGAACGCCUGAGCCUGGUGUUCCUGCUUCUCUUCCUGCAGAGCUUCCUCCUCCUACACCUGCUGGCGGCUGGGAUCCCCGUCCGCACCACGGGUCCUUUCACUGUUCCGUGGCAGGCGGUCUCUGCGUGGGCCCUCCUGGCUGCACAGACCUUCUACUCCACAGGCCACCAGCCUGUCUUCCCAGCCAUCCACUGGCAUGCGGCCUUCGUGGGCUUCCCAGAGGGCCACGACUCCUCCACCUGGCUGCCUGCUCUGCUGGUGGGCGCCAACACCUUUGCCUCCCAUCUCCUCUUUGCAGUGGGCUGCCCUUUGCUCCUGCUGUGGCCCUUCCUCUGUGAGAGCCCGGGGCCCCGGAAGCGGCGACCACCACCAGCCAAUGGAGCUGAGGCCAGAGUUAGGUCGGAGGAGGAGGAGGAAGAGGAGCAGCCGCUGAUGGAGAUGCGGCUCCGGGACGCGCCUCACCACUUCAACGCAGCGCUGCUUCAGCUGGGCCUCAAGUACCUCUUUGUCCUUGGCAUUCAGAUUCUGGCCUGUGCCUUGGCAGCCUCCAUCCUCCGAAGGCAUCUCAUGGUCUGGAAGGUGUUUGCCCCCAAGUUCAUCUUUGAGGCCGUGGGCUUCAUCGUGAGCAGCAUAGGACUUUUCCUGGGUAUUGCACUGGUGAUGCGAGUGGACGGUGCUGUGAGCUCCUGGUUCAGACAGCUGGUUCAGUCCCACCAAAGGUAGCCCAGGCUGCAGGUGCUGGCCUCUGGCCCUGGGGAAAGCUGGAGAGCAGUCUGGCCCGACCCACACGGGUGCUGGAUCAUCUGCAAGAGCAGCUCAGCCGUGCCUCUUGCUACCACACUGCCUGGAGCUCCUGGCCUCUGAGACUUCACUGUUUUAUAUUCAGGAUCACAAGGGGCAGCCUGCUGCCUGAGUCCUGUUUUGGAGGUAUCCGAAGGACUGUGCGGAUAGGAUGCCUCCAAAUUGGAAUAAAGUAAUAAUGGAAAUAUGUGCAUCUCAGAUGCUGGGGGGUUGGGGGUCCCUCCUGUUCUGUAGGGGGAAGGGGCAGGCCCAGAGAUCAGCCAUCUGAUACAGACUUGACUCCCUCUGAGAACCGUAGGGAAGUAGCUGGAGUGGUCUGGUUCAUGCCUGCCUCUUCCCAGCUCACUCCUCAUAUCGCACCUCCAUUUCCUUUUUAAUUCAACAUGUGUGACGACAGAUGGCUGAAAAGCAGCCCCAGUAUGAGGGAAAACACAGACUUUCACUGUCUAAUGUCCCAUAUUGUGUGCUUUUUUUUUCCCCCUCUGCAUGUUCUUUCGCUUGACAACACUUUGCCCUUUAUCUGAGGAGGUUAGACCAGGGAGCUUGCUCAGAGUACUGGAACACAUGCUUGGCAUUCAGGAGCCCAGGUUCAAUCCCCUGGACGUCAUGGUCCUCCAGUUAAAGUGCUUAUUUUGCAUGAUCCCAGUUUGAUCUCUGCAUCACAUAUGUUCCCCUGAGCACUGCCAAGAGUGACCCUUGAGUGCAGAGCCAGUAUGGCAGAAAAAGCACCACAGGAAGUGGCACCCCAGGUACUAUUGGUUGUGAUCAAAAUUGAAACAUUUCUGUGGAAGCUUCCCUGGUUUUUCAACCUAUGCUGCCUUUUAUCAGACCGACUUGCCUAUCUUCUUAUCUUGCCUAUCCCACUGUGUCCUAUGGCUCAUUCCUGACUUAAAACCCAAAAUCGUAUGGACCUAAUGCUUUUCUUUAGUGUCUCCUGUCUCCUUCCUCUUCCUCCUUACUACACAUGUGUCACGAUGAAGUGAGGAAAUUGUUGUGGAAAUGUCCCUCAAAGGAGUGAGGAAGAAGCUCUUAGGGGAAGGGUCAGUCAAGGUAAGGUCUGAGAAACCCAGGAAAGAAGGAGCUAAAAGACAAAGUGUUGGGUUCUGGUAGGAAGAAGCAGCUCGGCAGCCAUGAUUGUGGAGUCAAGGCCCUGCUGAGGGCAGAGUUCUGGUCACCCUUACAGGUCAAAGAUGAUGGUGUUGAUCUGUGUCCCACACUGGAGGUUAGGACAUUGGUAGCCCCAGCAGGUUUAAUAAUGCAAGGUAAUGCCAGGGCCCAGCUACAAGAUAAGUGAGAGCAGAGCCCUUAACCUGGUGGAUGGGGCUCACAAGCAUUCUUUAAUGAGCAGUGGCCCUGGGAGAAGACUUGAAUGCCCCAUUGUGCCCCAUUCCCAGCACUGGAGGGAAGGACUUCAGAUCCCAGCCCUCCCCUCCCCCUGCCCUCAUUCUGCUGGUCCCAAUCUUGAUACCUAAGGAUAAUCUGAUAGCAGUGCUAGGAAUUGGGUCCAAGUCCUCUCCUGUGCAAGGCUUAUACCUCCACCAUGGACCAUCCACCACCCAGCCACAUCCCCAGUCCCACUAUUCAUUUGGUUUAAGGCCCACACCCAGCAAUGCUCAGGAGUUAUUUCUGGCUCUGUACAGCUCAGGACAGACUCUGAUGGUGCUUGGGGGACCAUAGGGAUGCUGAGGAUCAAACACCUGGUGGGCUGCAUACAAGGCAACACCCUACCUUAUGUAGUAUCACUUUGGUCCUCCACUGUUUCUUUUUAUCUAUAUUUUUUAAUUGUGGGGGGCGGUGCACUUAG